AUGGGACGCCCAAAGGUCCUUCCAGCAAAUCGUUUGCGGGCCAAUACAGCCUGUACUACAUGCCGUGCGUCCAAGAAAAGAUGCAGUGGCUCCUUCCCAUGCACCAAUUGUAUUCAUAAGGGUCGCGCGCAGACUUGCAUCCCCUUUAAAUCAGCCUCAUCAUUCAGAUCCCCCACCCUAACGCGUGCUCGUCGGGAACCAGCCGCAUCUCGACAACCCGUCGGAACAAGUCCCGCUUCACCAUGUCGAGAGUCAAGAUUCAACAACAUGCAAACGCGCCCUUCGAGGCUUCGAGAGGGAAGCCCAUCUGACCAGCAGCUUGAACGGUCCUUCGAGAAUGGCUCGCGAUCACCCGAGGCAACCCAUCGAACACAUCCUCGUAUGCUCCGAAAUCUUCAGGGUGAAAGAGUCUACGUCGGCAAAGCCGCCUCUUUGUCCUUUCUUCAGCUUCUGCGAGAGACAGUGACCCAGCACAUCGGCCCGUCCCAAUUUUCUCAUAAUUACAGAAGUGAAGACAUGCUGGAGACAGAAGCCCAGCAUGAUUUACUUGAUUUUUCAGAAAAUUCUUGCAGUCUUGAAGCCAGAAGAACCUUCAUCCAGAAGUUUUCAAUUGCAACUAGCGGACUCAUCUACCUGGGUCAAGAUACCACCAAACUGCUCACAGAACCACAAAUAUUGAAUUCAAGUCAAGGACUGAUUCAUGCUGCCGUCGGAGAUCUUAUGAUCGCCAUUGGAGCGCAAUCAUGUCCGAAUGAUGCGGAUAAUGUGAGAGCAAUGCGGUUCUUUGCUGAACGGGGUCAACGUCGCGCAUUUACCAAUAUGCUCGAGGACCCAAGCUUGGAUUUAGUGCGCGUAUUCCUGCUUUUGUCGUACUAUAUGUUCGGGGCCUGUCGUCGGAAUGCAGCUUUCAUGUAUCUUGGUGUGGCCACCCGGGCGGCAGUCGCAUUGGGACUCCAUGUUGACUCUUCUGGGACGUCUAGCCCUGCGAGCCAGACGAGCAGAUCUCAAAUUUGGAUGAGUCUUUGCACGGUCGAUCUCUUGACGAGUUCGAUUCUGGGGCGACCGGCGGCUACGGCAGGACUGCUUUCAUGGAGUCGGGUUGACCUUGUGCUUGGCUCAUCCCCGGUCGCAUCGGGAUUGCUCGCUUCAUAUCAAGUUGCCUUGGUAGUUGACGAGAUUACUACUCGGCUAUAUAGCAAACGUGCUGCUUCAACCGAGACGGCGGAUUCACUGCUAGCGAAACUGAACAGCUGGAGCAGUUUGCUACCAGAAUCUUUGCGGACUCCUCUUCUGAAGGACGAUGACCCUGAUGCGUGCCAGGAACGAAUUAUUGGAAAUAUGCACGUUGCCUGCUUUUACCACUUUGCUGUGAUUCUGGUGACACGACCAUUUUUGAUAACCACUCUGAGUGUUCGCUUGGCUCGGCUUCACCAGACAUUGACCGCGGCGACAUCUCCAGAACCGCUUGAAGAGGAUCCGGCACAUUCCAGACUAGCAGCAGCAUGUAUUGACUCGGCCGUUUAUAUGCUUCAGACGUGCAGAGAGGUCCAUCAAUCAGAGAUGCUCCUUAAACAAAUGACCAUUCUCAAAGCCCUUAUCUUUGCUGCCGCCCUUGUCCUGGGGUUCUCCAUGUUCUCUCACCGUAGCGUUGAUACCGAAGUCGACAAUGCAUUCAGUGGAGCCUUGCAAAUUCUGCAAAUGCUGUCACAUCAAUCCGCACAAGCAGCCCACUACUUGGACAUACUCACUUUGCUUGAGAGCGCGAUCAAGCAGCAGCGGCAACGCUUGUCAGCCCAGGCACGACAUCGUCGGAGUCAAUACGUGAAUCGGAUCUUCAGUCUGAGCGAAACUCCCUCACUGGCCCGGGAUCAAGACCAGGGAACCGAGACCUGUCAAGGCAGUAGUAUAACUUCCGUACAGACUCAAGGUGGUUUUUCCUUUCCCUGGACUUCAGACGACAUUGAGGGAGUUCCAUUUACUCCUCCAAUUGUGGACGGGGGAUUCUUAGACUGGGAAGGGAUGGAACUUCCAUUGUGGGAUAGUUUCCCAUUUACCGAGCCAGGCUCAUCAAUUCUGCCUGGAGCAGUCAUGGAAUGA